UAGAAACAAAUCGCCAGAGGUGCAUCCUCAGCAUUUUCUUCCCUUGAAACCAGCGAAAGGUCUCGGAGCAUCAUUUCUCCUGCAAGCUCCAAUCCCUUUUCCAAAUGGGAGACUCCCAUGUCAUCAACGCCGUUGAGCAGCCACCAGCCAGGACGGUUCUAUGUAUCGGAGACAUCCACGGUUUCUUUUCCAAGCUCCAAUCCCUUUGGGCCAACCUCGAGGCUGAAGUCGGCACCGCCGCCUUCCAAACUGCCCUCGUUAUCUUUCUCGGCGACUACUGCGACCGAGGCCCGCAGACCCGUGAAGUCAUCGAGUUCCUUUCCUCCCUUUCCUCUCGUUACCCCAACCAGUCCCACGUUUUUCUUUGCGGCAAUCACGAUCUUGCCUUCGCAGCAUUCGUAGGUGCACUCCCGCCGCCGCCGGAUGGAUCACCGUUUUCCGCUACAUGGGCGGAAUUUGAGCGCAGUAAGGACCGCGAGGGUUGGUUCGAUGGCGAGGGGUACGAGCGGAUGCACGUCCAGGGAAGGCGGUGGGGUGGAUUCAUCCGCGAUAAGUGGAAUCCCAAGAAGAAUAUGAAGAAUAUGGUUUACAAGGGUUCAAUCUACGAUGCCGAACCUACUUUCGAGUCAUAUGGCGUUGCUCACGGAUCUCCAGAUUUGUUUAAGGCAGUGCCUGAUCAUCAUAAGAAAUUUCUGGCAAACUUAGUUUGGGUUCAUGAGGAGGACAGUGUUUAUAUUGAUCACUCGGAAGGAAGGAUUUGCUGCAAACUCAUAGCUGUUCAUGCUGGCUUGAUGAAGUCAAAAAGUGUUGAAGAACAACUAAAGUUUUUAAAGGCUAAAGAUACAAGCAUCCCAAAGGUGGAAGAACUUAGUGGAAGGCAAAGCGUAUGGGACAUACCUCAGGAACUGACAAAAGAGCCAACCAUAGUGGUAAGUGGUCACCAUGGAAAGCUCCACAUUGAUGGCCUCCGUCUGGUUAUUGAUGAAGGUGGCGGAAUUGAACAGAACCCCAUUUCUGCUAUAACACUUCCUUCCAUGAAAAUUGUUCGCGACACAGAUAAAGCUUUUUGUGCAGCAGAUCUUCUGUAACACACCACACAAUAUCGGAACUUGCCUUAUUAUGGAUUUCAUAUAUUGUAAGUACAAAUCUUCCAUGUUACAUUCUCUUAAUAGAAAAUAAUGUUUUCUUACUUCAAUUUUGCAUUUUGUUUUUGAGAUAAUUGCGUACGGACCACCCGAAACUUUGAUAUUUACAAAUUAAC